AUGCAACUGCUAGCUGUUGAGCCAUGUGCUGACAAGACAGCAUGGAAACUCAGAAGGCAUGGGCAGCUGACAUUCCUAGAGGCAUGGGCUACACAUCAAAUCAGCAUGGAAACUCAGAAGGCAUGGGCAGCUGACAUUCCUAGAGGCAUGGGCUACACAUCAAAUCAGCAGCAUGGGAACCUAAUGGGCAGCUCAGACAAGUGGGAAUAG